UACGAGAGAAAACACCGAGUCUUUGUAUAAAGUCUUUGUAUAAAAUUGAAACUUUUGAUCACUUUAAUAUGGCAAAAGAGCUUCUAUCCUUUACCGAUCUUGUUUGGCUCGACAGCAGUCCUGAUUCAGUCCGACAGGCUUUUUCGAAACAAUAUGGAAAAACGCCAGACGGCAUUGCUCUCAAUCAUGAAACUUAUUAUAAUGCCGUGACACCAGCAAUUACUGAGCAAUAUGGUCACUACUGCUAUAAAAGAACUGGAGAAACCACAGUUACAUCUCAAGAACUAUCUGAUUCAGCAGAUGCUAAUCUUGGAUCUACUUUCGCAGUAAACAAAGGUGAUACACCAGUAACACUAACAAUGAGCGUUACAGGGAGAUGGAGUGAAUUAACAUCUUGGACUACAUGUUCUGAAACUGGAGUAAGAAUGUCAACUGAAUUUGGCGUUGAAGGAGUUUUCAAAACUGGUCAAACAUUUUCUAUUUCUAUGAAAACAGAAAGUUCAGGUUCAAACUCUCUAGAAAAAUCCGCAACAUCACAAGUUCAAGUAACAGUUCCUCCGCAUUCCAAAGUUAGUGUGAGCAUGAUCGGUAAAAUGAAAAAAGAAAAAGUUACUUUUGAGGUUCCAGUUACUGUUGAUGGAAGCUUUGGCGCUAAUUAUAACAAACAAGUUCAAGGUCAUUACUUUUGGUUCAUUGGUGCCGGACAAGCUCUUUCAAAGACAACGGGUGUCAUUAAAGGUACGAUUGAUCACGCUAACGUUUUUGACGUAACAACGGAAGUUGGGCAAAGUCAACCUUUAUAAAUAUAUUUUGUUAUAAAUUUUACAUGAGAAGAUUAUCUUUAUACUUAAUUUAUAUAUUUAACAAUAUUAGCAAAGAAAUUAAGUAGAUAUAUACACUAAAGUAUUUGUUUUCUU